AUGUACGUCGUCAAAGAAAGCGAAAUCACGGAUGCAAUGUACGUGAUACAUACUGGAAAAGUGAGGGAGACUAGCGAGGAGGCCAUGGAUAUCAGUGCCAGGGUCUAUCCUGCCGGCUCUUACUUCGGUGUUGGAUUAUUUCAAAACACUCCAUAUACUCACUCGUAUGAAACGUUAACCAAGUCACAAGUCCUCACUCUGAAACUUGAUGACUGGGAAUAUCUACUGAAUCUUUUUCCAGAAAGUAAGAAGUCUAUACAUAAACAUCUGAGACAAUUACGAGACGACCAAACGGGCAACAGUAAUUGGCCUGGAGGACCAUCAACAGAUACACCUCCCGAAUAUGUAAUGGCAGUAAUGCGACAAGAGACCUCAGACCUGUCAGAGUUUCCUAGUGUUCAAACCCAUUUUGGUAGAGAAUCUGUGACGGAUAUUAAAGAAACAGCGUCCAGCCAUUUAUUAUCCGAAAAUAGACAUUCAAGAUAUUUUGCUUUGCCAUCUGAUAAUAAGGCACCUGAUACAAUGUCCAUAAGUAGAGAUAUCGAAGAAGAUAAUCAAAGUCUAGCACCAUCGGGAAGUCAACUUAGCAAAGAGCCUAGAACCAAUCUGAAAUCAGUAUUUAAAAAAAUAGCCAACACUGCCAAGAAGCUCAUGGGUAGAGUUUCAGAUGUCGAAUUGACAGCUGCUGGUGAUGAACUUUUAUUGGAAGAAGACGCUGAAGCGACAGAGGCUUUGCUCAAACAAUUUGAAAAAGCUAGAAAACAGGCAAACUAUAAUUUUAAAAGACAAAAACCUCGCAGGCACGCUUUGAUCUUUCAUGCACCAGAAGAAAUGACAGAAAAAUAUUUAGAAACUGUAGACAUGGAGUCAUUUGACAAUUUAGAUCAUAGAAAAUCGAAACAUUUGCAAGAAAAACCGCUUAGCAAUAUAGAAAAAAGAUCUCGAAAUGUUUUUAGACUGGGUCACAAACAAAAAUCUAAGUUUGACGAAAGUAUCUCAGAAUCAGAACUCACUAUUGACUUAGAAGGGGCUUUAGCUGAAAAUGAAGCAAGAGAAAAAGUCUUGGAGACAAGAUCUCAAACCAAACAGGAAACCGUGCGCAAACAAGUUACUCAAAACACAUCCGUUGUUGGUGAAGCAACCACAAGUAAAGAAGUUAUUGAAGGCAAAAUGAGUCCUACUGGACAAAAUCCAAACGAUACCCUGCCUGCACGUAAAUUCAAUGUACCUACACCUUUGAAACAAAAACUUGACCAAGAAUCAACACAACCAGACCAAGAAAAAGAUAUUUUGGUUAUGCAACAUAAAACAAAGUUGGUUGAACCUAAAGCUGACAUUUUACCUCCUGUAAUUUUAAAGGCGACAGAGGGGUCGCCUCUUGGCUUUGCUAGAGAAGAACAAAUGCCUGGAACAUCGAAGGAUAUUUCAAAAUCUGAGACAAAUGCUACACCUACAUUUAUAUCGCUAAAAGAAGCUUCAAAGUCAGACGAGUCUCUUUUAGAACCCAGUAAAAAGUCUAGAGAAAUUUUGUUACCUGAUCUUAGUGCCUCACAUGUCACUUAUACUCGUUGGCAGGAAGAAAAAACCUCAAAUGUUAUAGCAUUGGCUCAAAAUGAAAAUAUUCAACACAAAAGCCAAACUUUGAUCGAUCAAAAUGACUCGAAAAAGGAAGCAGAAACAAGUCGUGGCCCAGUUCCUCAGAGUUCUAGGUAUACUGGAGCUACUGGUUUUGCACCUAUUGAAACUGAACCUGGUACAUCCAAGCCUUACAUACCUAUCAUAUUUUCUUAUCCGCAUCCUAAAACUGAUCAAGACACUCAAAGUUCAGGUCAAGAUUCUCAGCAAGAUAAAGGUACUAUAAAUAUUGCCGAUGAAAGAAAACCUUCGAAAACUUUGGUAUUAAGUGACUCUAAAGCAGAUACUUUAGAAUCAGUAAUUCCAAGCGCGAAACCGGACGGAGGUGUAAUCUUUCAAAUAUCAAGGUCUAUGUCUGAGGACAAAUCUACUAAAAUCGUUGACAUAAUCAAGCCUUCAUCUCAAACAGUGUAUGAAGGAACAUCUACACCUGCACUCCCCACGGAAAUAGAGAACAGAACAGAGGAACCAUUUGUGGAACAAAAAGAUUCAUUUGUUAAUGCCGAAAUAGUUUACGACCCUCACCAAACUAACUACGACGAUGAUUACGACGGGAUACCAGCUAAAGCCACAACAAGUGCAGCCCCUUCGCUAAAUAACGAAGAAAGCAUUAAUACGAAGAAUAAUAGGCUUCUCAUCCACGUACGUUAUGACGAGAAAGAGGAGAUCACGAAUGAUAGUGAUGAAUCUGAUGAUGUCAAACCAUCGAAGAAAAACAAGACUCCAGAAGAUAAUGAACUUGGAAGUGAUGAUGACGCCGGUACAUCUAAUUUAAAAUCAGAAAGCCCUGACAAGAAAUCCAGAAAAUAA